AUGUCCGGCACCGAUUCCCCUCACCAUCGCGUGCCACUCGAUCCCAAGGAGCAGCCCAUCCUCGACCGCAUCCUCAUAAUCCGAGACCACCUCUCCCUCCUCAAACAAGACCGCACCACCUACGUCAAGUCCGCCGAUGUCACAAAAUACUACACCCAACUCAUCGAGCAAGUCGAGCUCCUCAACCGCAUCCGCUCCGACAAGCGCAAUGAGCAGAACCGCGUUGACACCGUCUUGGACGAUUGUUUCCGUCUGAUCUCCCUCUUCUUCCUCACGAUAGGGAGGAACCGCGAAGCGCCUGCGAUAUACUCUGCCGUCUCGACCGUGAAGCGCUUACUGGAUCACUUGAAAGAGGCGGGGUUCUAUCUUCCUGCUGACCUGAAGAGUAUUAGCGAGCAUGUGGAGAAGUGGGAGCAGACGAUUGAGAGGGGGAGGGAGGAGCAUAGUCAUCAUAUCUUGACGCUGUUGGAGGCGAGGAUUGGGGUCUGCAGGACUACAUUGAGAGAGUUGCAGGCGCCACUUGCGAAUUUGGAGGGAAGGAUGAUGAGGCUUUACGAGAAGCUGGUGAGCAUACUGAGGAGUCUGAGUGCUUGCAAUUGUCGGAGCAAGUAUCCGGAGAAGGAGGUUGAGGAUUUUCGUCAGCAGCUUCUAGCGAUCCAGGAUGAGGUUCAUUUUGAGAAUGAUCCACAUGAGGGCAAGACUGCCGAGGAGGUGUAUGUCGAGCGUUUGGCCAUGAUUCAGAUUUGCGAGACGUGCCAACAGCCACCUGAGGUGGUGGUCAAGUCGCUCUUGGCGAGAUGUUUGUUGUGGGUGGAGAUCAUUGAGCAAAAACGCGGCAAGAUCGAUCCACGCUUCCAGGACCAAUUCGACAGAUUACUCAAAAUCCGCAAUACCCUUGAGAACGCCUCAUUGACACAAGCCUGGUCACUUCGCGAGACCGAUCUCUACGACUUCCAACGGACACUUGAUCGAGUUGAUGAAGCUCGCGUCGAUGGCCAAUUCCUCGACGCAGAAGGCAAGCCGUCGGAUCUUCAUGCUCAACGAACACUACUCUACCUUCUGCGAAAGGGCUACGCCAUGAUCUACCAAUACAUCAUCUCCUCGGAGCCAGUAUCAGAAGCUCUCCUACCGAUCUACAAUCAGCUCUUGACUCUGAAGAAGUGCCUCGUCGAGGUGAAGAAAGCUGGCGGUGUCGAUUCACCAAGAGAGCUAUACCCAUACAGCAUGAAGCUCAACUCAAUCGACAACAUGAAAAAGGAUGGCAAAUUCAUGAUUGGUGAUGACAUUCCUGAGGGUCAGGCUAGUGUGCAAGCACUUCUUGCAGAAUGCUUUGAUCUCGCGUACGAUCUGAGGAAUGACGCUCAGGAAAAGGAUGAACCAGAGCCCGAGGCUGUCAACAGUGUUGGCGUUGGAAUCGAGAAUAAAGCAUAG